AGGAGACUGGGAGGGGAUAACAACUAUUUGUAGGCUACGGCUUGCCUUGCAGAGCCGGACCAGGGAAAUAGCGGUAGAGGUGGAGAGAGACCAACGACAGGGAGGGGGAUCGUUCGAAGAUAAUCAUAAUAGUUUUCUAUCGCUUGUUGUGAAACAAACACCAGCAUGUUAAGGGACUUCUUCGCAUUUAACGAGCAAUUGAAAAGGGGGAACUAUCCUAGCGUCGAGAAAGUCUCUCUAUAGCGGUGGAUGGUUGCAGGGAGCGGGCUACAAUGUAGGCAGCUCAAACAGUCAAUAUGGACAAUGACCCAACACACCUCCAGGCUGUGUAAGGGCUAUUUUACCAAGAAGGAGAGUGAUGGAGUGCUGCAUCAGAUGACCUGGCCUCCAUAAUCCCCUGACCUCAACCAAAUUGAGAUGGUUUGGGAUGAGUCGGUCUGCAGAGUGAAGGAAAAGCAGCCAACAAGUGCUCAGCGUAUGUGGGGGAAAAAUUCCAGGUGAAGCUGGUUGAGAGAUUGCCAAGAGUGUGCAAAGAUGUCAUCAAGGCAAAGGGUUUAACACUUUUUUGGUUACCACAUGAAUCCAUAUGUGUUUUCCAUAGUUUUGAUGUCUUCACUGUUAUUCUACAAUUUAGAAAACAGUAAAAAAAAAGAAAAACACUUCAAACACUUCCUUUUACCAACAUACAGAAAACCAGGUUGUCCAAUCAGAAGUCUCACCUGACACAACUAGCCAAUCAGGCACAUCCUCAUCUAGCCACUCCACAGAGGAGGCGGAGCCAGAGACAUCUCCUGCCUUAUCGAAUGGCUUAUCACCUAAAGCCCCUCCUCUCCUAAGGGAAUUGGACAAAGAGCUUCUCCGAUCAGGAAAGCUGAUGUUGUCAGGUACGGUGGACAGGCUGGGACGAGCUGUUGUCGUCACUGAAACGCACCUCCCUGAGGACGGUUGCCGUGAGGAUGAGAUGGGCCGUGUCUUAGCCUGAUAUCACAGGCCCUUCUAUUGAAGAGAGAGGUCUUAGAGUGGACAGCAGACAGUCUACGCCCUCCACUCUCUGCCCCGCUGCACUGAAACAGUUCCGGACUGUUCCCCUGAAUGUGGAUAAACACAGAGAGCUGAUGACGAGCGUCCUGGUCGACCAACGGCUGACUGAGCUGCAGCUGAAGGGCGGGGCCUGGCUGGCAGGGCUGACCACAUUAGGACUGGCACAGAGAUCCCCGGACUGCAGGAACCACCAGCUACCCUGUCCAUAGAGUUGGAUAGAAGGCACACUUUCCCUCAAUGGCGCUUCCCAUGCUGUCACAGAAGUGGCCAUUGCAAAGAUUGAUGAGCUCUCUAGUACAUAUCUAUGACCCUGCCCCUUCAGUGUGUCCAAAUGAAAAUGGCUGCCUUGGCUGCGACCUCUAACCUCUAUGAUAGUGUGGACAACGCCCUCCACCGCCUCGUACAUGUGUCCAAUCACAGAGGCAGCGACCUGGAAGCCCUCGGCCGAUUGGCUGCCAUGGUGGACAAACUGGAAAAGCAAGCUCUAUCUAUUAUGGUGUAGGAUGCUGAGUUCAGGGAGGCAGUACGUGGCCGUGUUAACGGGUGUGGAUCAGACCUACCCGCCCCUCUUCGAGGGUCCAGACACCCCGUCCUCCCUCCGGGGGGAAGCAGACCUCCUUUUCCACAACUUGGCCAGCUUCAGCGCCUUCCACUCGCAGUACCUCCUCCCAGCCAUGGAGGGAGCUCUACUGCAGAGUCUGCUGAUACAGGACCUCUUCAGUAAACAUGUGAGUGGGUCACAUAGAGUUGGAUAGAGGGCUGUUUUAGCAUGGGCAGCGCCAUCGAGAAGUAGAAGAAGAAGAAAUGGACUACUUUAUUCUAACUCCCCCUCUUUCUCUCUGGCUCUCGCUCACUCUUUAUCCCUCUUUCUCCCUCUCAUACAAAGAGAGAGGAGUUUCUCCAGUACUCUCACUACAUAUAGUAAAGACCAAACCAGAAGUAGACUCCUUGUUGGUCACUUAGGCUGCAGACUUCUUCAAGGUAAGAAAAAGUUCCAUUCAAAAAACAUUAUUACAGCAUCAGUGGAGGCUGGUGAGGGGAGGAAAGCUCAUAAUAAUGGCUGGGAUUUUGAGCUGUUUCAUAUAGUAAAGGCAAUUAACACUGCAUUGUAUACCCUAAAAUAACUCAUUAAUGUUGGAUUACACUAAAACCAAUCACCAGACUUUCAAUAUAUCAUAAUAACCGAGUCUGAUACAUACAUAGGGCAAUGUCGGAUCACAGCUUUAAACUGAGUAAACAUGAAAAGGAGAACAUCACACAGAUGGUAUUAGCAGAGAUCUGAGGGUAGAAUGUUCACUGUAGUUAUCUAAAAUGACCACAGGGUGACAGUAGAAGAUGUUUAAAAGUACUGUAUCAUGAAAAUGAUGAUGUGAUAACAAUGAUGAUGAUGAUGAUGAUGAUGAUUGGGUGGGAGGCUUGGCCAAAUCUGUAUAUUUAAUAGGAUUUUUCCUUUGUAUUUGUAGUUUUUUUUUUAUGGACUGGAGUUGCAAGUAUUGCACUGUGUUUGUUAUGUCUGUUCUGUUUGUUGAUCAUUUUUUUAAUGUUAUGUGAAGAAAAAAACGAGAUUGAUGAUAAUGACCAUAGUGUAGAUGGCUGAAGUCCUCUCUUCUCUUUCCCCUCUCCUCCUCCUUGUCCCUCCCCAGCUCAGACUCCCUGCCACCCCUCCUCUCUCCCUCCUGUUCUUCCCCCACUGUCUCCAGGCCCCUACACAGACUGGAACAGUACUGUGAUGUUUUGGAGGAGCUGGGAGGGCUAAACCACGCCUCUGAAUCCUUUCUCUCCGUCCUCAGACACGCCCAGCGCCACGGUGAGGACCUCCGGGCCAGCGACCUCAUCGCCGGGUGUCCGGUCCCGGUGGCGGAGCGUGGAGAGCUGGUGCGUCAGGUGUGUGGGGGGACCAGGAGGAAGAAGACCGGGGUGUGUUCCUCUAUCAACCCCUCAUCAUAUUGACCAAGCAGAAGAGCCUGGGACACACCACCUACAGCUUCAAACACAGCACCAAGUGUCAGAGUGGAGAGGAGAGGGCAGCCUGGACACACAAUAUCACUCAGCUCCUUUGGACCCACACCAUACACAACACAGUUCACAGUAGCUGUUCAGACUCCUCCUCUGUUGGCAGUCAGAAGGAGGGGGAAUCCCCAGCAUCUGGGAGGGGACACACACAGAGCACUAAAGGAGGCCCCCUCUGCCAAGACACUGAAGCAUGGCAUAGCAUCACACAUACUACUGAGAAUGGAUUCUCCUCCUGAGUGUGUAUUGGCUCUGUCCUGUGAGCCGCCCCAGUCACCCCCUACACUACCAUCACUGGACCACAGUCCCCUGGCCUCCCUUCACUCUUGCUCCCAACUCUCCCCUUUACACAGCCUCCUCGACCUGCCUGUCCCCCUCAGUCCCACAGCCCUGUCCCACACCCCGACCUCCGACACCCCAGACACCACCCCCUACUCCCCCCUCUCCCCCUUCCCCCUCAAUCACCACAAUGAAGAAGAGGAGGAUGAAGAGAGGUUGUCAGGCCCUCUGUCCCCCACCCCAGCCAUUGCUCUCUUCCCGGGGGGUCUUCGGGAGGUGUGUAGCCCCUCUCUGGAGAGCUCUCCUCCAUCCACUCCGACAUCGUCAGCCCCUCUCUCAGGGUUCGGGGCCCUGGAGCUGGCUCUGUCCUCCGGGCAGCAGGGUGCUACCUGUAGUGAUGAGCUGGACCUCCAGCUCUUCCAUAAGGACGGGGGGAGUCUGUCAGGAUCGAUUCCUGGAAUGGUGGGUGUUUCUGGGGGUGUGGCUGGGCUCAAGUUCCCCUGCUUGGUGUGUGGGAAGAAGUUCCGCUUUCAGAGUAUCCUGUCGCUGCACGCCCGCGCUCAUAGUCUAGACAGGGACCGCCGCGCCUCAGCUCUGUACCGGACCGGUACCGCGUCCGGUAGCAUCAUUGGGACGGGGUCCAAGCCACAUCUCAAGACCCACCAGAACCACAAGGAUGUCGGGCAGAACCACUACAGCCCCCGCCAGAGCCCCCCGCUGUCUGGAUCUCUCACGCAGGGCCUUAGAGGGGAGGACAGGGACGGUGAAGCCCUAGAGGAGGCUCUGCAGAUAGAUCACCAGACCCUCCAGCAGUUCCUGAUGGAUGACUGCACACAGCUGACCCCUCUGCUGACCGAGGAGGUGCCCCUCUCUCUCUCUCUCACUUCCCCCUACUCCUCCUGCGGCCUGGGUGGUGUGGGUCCCAUCAUCUUGGAAAAAGCUACCGCUGUCGCAGCGCCCGCGUUUCGCUGCCAUGCCUGCAAAGGUAAAUUCCGCACAGCCUCUGAGCUGUCUCGCCACGUCCGGAUCCUCCACAACCCAUACAAGUGCACCCUGUGUCCCUUCUCGGCCAGCCAGGAAGAGCGCCUCGCCGCACACCUCCAGGACUGCCACCCCUCCCUGUCCUCCCUGUCCCUCUCCCCACCUGUGGAACUCCCCACCCUGCCCCCCUACACCCCCAGACACCCUCCUAUUGUAACCACCACUACCAUCAUCGCCACCCCCAUUCCAGACGCCCCCCUGCCAACCCCCACUAUCACCCCAACCACAGCCCCGGCCCCAGGGGUAUCCCCUCUGCCUGCCUUUUGCUGUGAGACAUGCGGCCAGCGCUUUACCCAGUCCUGGUUCCUGAAGGGCCACAUGAGGAAGCACAAGGACUCUCUGGACCACAAGUGUCAGGUGUGCGGGCGUGGCUUCAAGGAGCCCUGGUUCCUCAAGAACCACAUGAAGGUGCACCUCAACAAGCUGGGCCUGAAGGCUGGUCUGGUGGGGCAGGUGGCCCCUGGCGCCGGGGCUGAACAAGGAGGGCCCAAAGGCUCAGUCACCAACCAGGGCCUCAACGCUCUCUACUCCAGCCUCCUGCUGGCUCGUGGUGGGGGCGGAGGUGGUGGUGGUGGAGGGGGGAGAGGCGGGCGAGGAAGGGGCGACCGGGACGGCGCCGGAGUCUCUAGUAAAUCUGCCAUCUUAGGCUACCUGGGGUUGCCUAGCGACGGCGGCGCCAGCUGCAUGGAACGACUCCAGGCAGUGGCUCAGGUUGCGGAGAUGGGGAACGGUAACGGGGGAGGAGGAAGAGGAGGAGGAGGAAGAGAGACAACAGAUGGAGGAGACCAGAUAGCCAUGUGGCAGUUUGUAGCUCGUAGCCUGGUAGCAGCUCAACAGGCCCAGCAGCAGCAGCACCGAGCCCCAUCCAGGAGCACUGUGGUGGGGGAAUCUGAGCAGGUCAGGGCCUACCUUGGAGGUCUGGAUCCCCGGGAGGAGCCCCCAUCCUCCGGAGCCCCAUGGGAGUGCCCCGACUGUGGGAAGCUGUUCCGGAGCCUGCAGCAGGUGGUGGCGCACGCCCGCGUCCACGUCCAGCGGCCCCAGAAGAGCCACGGUCACCCUCCGCGCCACGCCGGGGGAGGAGAGGAGGAUGGAGGGGGGAGCCGGGGUGCGGAAGGACGAGGAGGAGGGAGAGGAAGUAGUACUGAAAGAAGACAGGAGUCCAAACUUCAAAGUGGAUCUCAGCAUCAGCAUCAACUAGCAGUCGUCGGAGGGUUCCACUCAGUGAUGUCACAGUUCCAAGGAGAGAAUGGUCUGUCUGGCUCUUCGUCAGGCUCUUCGGUGAGCUCUAGGGAGCGUGUGCGAGGCACGGGGGUGAAAGACUGCCCCUAUUGCAGUAAAGCUUUCCGCUCUUCCCAUCACCUUAAAGUGCAUCUGAGAGUUCACACAGGGGAGAGACCGUAUAAAUGUCCCCACUGUGACUACGCUGGCACCCAGUCAGGCUCUCUAAAGUACCACCUCCAGAGGCACCACAGAGAACAGAGGAACACCAUGGGAGCCGCUUCAUCCACCGCCUCCUCCCCAGGCCUCACCAUCGCCUCCCUGGGCAGAGGGGGAGCUCCACAGGGGGAGGGGAGGGAGGGGAUGGCCAAGCAGCGCCGGCCCCAGAGCCUCAACCACAGCUCGGCCACCAGAGGCCCGGCGGAGACGCCUUCCUCCAGGCACAAUCAGCACCAGCCCUGGAUCCUGGGACUCCCUGAGCAGAGAGACAGGGAACACGCGAAGGCCAUGGCGGGACUGAGAGAGGCAGAUCUGGAGAGCCAGUACCGGUAUCUGUCCGGAGUGAUGGGGGCUUUGUACCAGGGAGGGAUGGAGGGAGGGUGGACGGGGGAGUCACCAACGUCCACCCCCACCCCAACCCCGCCAAAGGCGCCCAAAGUGUCCCGCCGAAAACCGCUCACCACCAGCCGUAUGGUGCCAGCUAAUGGGAGGGAGCGGAAGGGAGGGGGGUCAGCUCCUCGGGGUUCCCAGGAAGGAGGGUUGUUGUCCCAGCCCCUGGACCUCUCCCGCCGCCCCUCCCCUGGGCUCGGAGGUCUGGAGGAGGAUGGAGUACCAGGAGGAGGUGGAGGAUCAGGGGAUACCCUCAACCAGUGCCUGUUCUGUCCCUUCCGCACCUCCUCGGCCGAGCUCAUGGCCAUGCACCUCCAGGUCAACCACACCAGCAAGUCCAGGCGAAAGAGGAGGGCCCCCAUCCCCAGCGCCCUGGGUGACCACGGGCCCCAGAGGCCUCCCCAACCCCGGGCCGACCCCAACCCCCUGGCCCUGUGGAGGUAUCUGAGCGAGGCCGAAGACCGGGCCCCCCUGGAGGAGUGGGCCUCAUCCAGGAUGGAGAGGGGGACGGAGAACGGCCUCACACUAGAGGAAGGGGACCUCGAGGGUCGCUACGACCACCACCACCCCCAGGCUUCUAACCGGGCCUCCACCACAAUCAGGAACACACAGAGUGGCCUCGACGGUAGUAGGAAGUUGGGUGAGGAAGAGGAGGAAGAAGAGGAAGACGAGGAAGAAGAAGAGGAGGAUUUGGAAGGGGAGAGCAGUAGUCCUGGGGAUUCUCCUAGAGAGCAUGGGAUGAGGAUGUCUCUAACCAUGUCACCUCCCCUCGGCUCUGACCGUCUAACCAGAGGGGAGGAAGGAGUGAUGGGGGACUAAACAACAACAACAAUGUCAUCCUGCAGAGAGAAGGGAAAAAGCGGUUCAACUAGACAGGAAGGAAGUUGUUUGGGGGUCAUAGGUUGGAGGUCUAGUUCAUAUCACUUUUACAUAGUUCAAGGUCAUUGUCAAGGUCACGACCCCUGACCCUUGACUUUCAAGGGCCACGGACUGAGAACCAUGUCCAUGGAGAGGGUCAUGUAAACAACAGCUCCUUAGGAACACUUAGGAACCCCUUUUAAACAUCCUCCAUUUUUAUCUCUCUUCUUUUAAUAUUUACAUCCCGGGAGUUCAGUGCAGUCCUCUCCAUUUCUCAACCAACCACAACCCCCCUUGUACAAACACACAGUACAGUGUAGGACUUUUGAGGCCUUCUCUUCUAUAUUUCAGCGUUUCCUGCUUUCCAUUCCAUCUCCUACCAAGAGGGCUAAUUGUGAUGAUUUGAUCGAGAUUGUCCUCUUGCUGCUGCGAGUCUUAAUAUUAGUAUGUGAGCAAAAGGAAACUGUGACAUUCUACUAUUCCAGAGAACACAAAAAGGAUUUUAUCAGACCUUAUACUUAAUGUUUUGAGAAUAAUAAUACUUAUAAGAGUAACGUUGUUGAUUAGUUAUACAACCCACUGCUGUGAAUGGAGGAAAUCUUUAGCAGAACAAGUGUCAAAAUAAGCCAAACUUCAUCACAACUGCCGUUUAAAUAAGAUACCACUUCUUGACACUUUCAAGGUCAUAUUAUGGUCUGUUCAAGAGCACCGAUUCGGAACUGCGGUUCAACUGGAACCAUUCAAGCUGUCAACUCAAGCUAAGCUUUCCAGCUGUCUGCAACAACAACAAAAAACACAACAGGAGCAACUUUUUAACAGACAACUAUUGACAUGACAAUGAUCAAGGACAAGAUGAUCCUGGACCCUGUUAUCACUGCCUCUCAUUGGUCGGAUGGCUGUUCCGAGGUCACCACGGGAACAGAGGAGCAGUUAGUCAUUUCCUGUUUUCCCCUCAGUUUAGUGCCUGUCUAUGUAUGGUAUGUCGUCAAGGGAGAUCUACAGUAUAGACCAGUGUUUCUGGGCUCUUAUAGAACAAUGAUAUCUGAGUAUACAGUAUAAAGCUAAAGUAUAUAUGUUUAAAAAAUGGUUCUAGGGUAUUGUGAAUAGAAAGCUGUAGUGGUAUACAAAGUGGUGUGGAUCUGUCUCUCGUUACAAGAGACCGAUAGCAUCUCUCUGUGGCUUCUGUGAAAAGAAAAAGAUAAAGCACUUAGUUGAUGAUGAUGAAACAAUAGAUAUACAUAUGAAUCAAAAGAGGUCAAGGUGAAAGGUCAAGAAGUGAAAAUGUAGGUGAAAGGUCAGAGGUCAGUGUUUACAGCAGAAAUGCCAGCGUGUUCAGAGUCCGACGUGGGAUAACGCUUAUUUCUUACGUUGUCGUAGUGACCAACUGACCACUGAACAAACAGAAGACUGUUUUGGGGGACACGGGACCGACAGACAGACGGACUUUGCAUCCCGAACACAAUCAGCUGACACGUCUGGUCAGGUGACCAAGGCGCCACGACCGUGUCACACUCUUUCAUUUCAUUCCUUUUACCAGAAAAAGAAAAAAAACAAGGGGGAGGAAAAAUGGAGGAGAGAAAAUAGUAAAUUCCCUCACAGAGCGGGGGACUGAAGCUGAGAAAGGAAACUGUUGUACUCUUGGGGUACGCCGUCUUUUAGAUGACUAGAUUCAUUUCUUUUUAAGAGAAGAAGAAGAACAGUAGAAAAGAGUGAGCAUUAAAAAACACUAACAAAUCCAUAGAUACAUUCCGGUAGAAUGUGUGUGUAGCUUUUGUAAAGACAACAAGAUAAGAAAAAAAUAAGAAAAAAAUGCCUUUGUUUAUUUUCAUUUCAAGAAGAGAAGCUUACAGAGAAGGUUAUGAAUAUAGGUAAUAAUAAUAAAUAUAAGGCUUGUUGUUGUGAGGAAAACACUAGUUGGAAUGUCUGUCUAUCAGGGUUAGGGUCAAUUCCAUCUCAAUUCCAGUCAAUUCAGAAAGUCAACCCAAUUCCAAUUUCAAAUUUUCCCCAUUGAAGAGAAUUGGAAUUUCAGUGUACUUCCUGAAUUGACUGGAAUUUAAAUGGAAUUGACCCCAAACCUGCUGUCUAUAAAGAGCACUGUGCAAGGUUUAUAAUUUCCCAAAGUAGUCAUUUUUAUUUUGACUUUAUCGAUAGACCAAACCUAUAUCUUAUGAAAAUGUAAUGAGUCACAUUCUGUUGGAGUAAAAAGCUGCCGUUUCCAUCCCCUCGCCCCGAUCAAUCAAUCAAUCAAUCAAUCAAUCAAUCAAUCAAUCAAUCAAUAAUCCAAUCAAAACUUUAUUCUCAUGUUAUUAUUAAGUGCUUGUAUGAGAUUCAAGUUUACAUCACAAAAUAUAAUUUGAUAUCAAAAUAUGAACCUAUUUCUAGUAUCACAUGGUAUUGUCUUAGAGCAUCAUACCACACUCUGUUCUGCACACAGUGAACAUGCAAAUAUCUUAUAAUAAAAAAAAAUGAAUCCCUACUUAUGAUUGUAAACAUCACUAAACUAUUUGAUUGGAUAAGCCUGCCUUCUCGCCCUCUUUGCCCAUUGGUUGACGGCGAGAGCCUGGGAUCGGAACCGCAGCCUUACUUUUGGUUCCCGUGCAUUAUGUGUUUUACUUCUAUCCUCAAUAGAGCGCCUUAUAUGAGUUUAGAAGUUCUCUAAGUGGUGUUUCCUUAAAGACAGGCUACAUCCAUAACUGCACCCUAUUCUCUAUAUAGUCUGUUACUUUUAACCAGGACCAUUGAGCCCCGGUCAAAACGAGUGCUAAGCACCCUGAUCGAAAGUAGUGUACUAUUUAGGGAAUAGAGUGCCCAUUUGGAUGUAGACUGUAGUGUCAAAGCCACCGUGCCUUCUGUGUCAAGCACUUCCUGGAUUUGGUAUUUUGUAAGCUCACCAAAAGCACUUAGCCCACAUCUCUCUCUCUCUCUCUCUCUCUCUCAUCCUCUUUGUGACCUUCCAAUUUUGUUCUGUCCAGUCGCUCCCCCUUUCAAUCCCUUCGUAACCUCUCUUUCUCUUCUUCCUCGCUUCUGUAACCUGUCACUCUCUCUCUUCUUCCUCGCUCCUGUAACCUGUCACUAUCUUCUUCCUCGCUUCUGUAACCUGUCACUCUCUCUCUUCUUCCUCGCUUCUGUAACCUGUCACUCUCUCUUCCUCGCUUCUGUAACCUGUCACUCUCUCUCUUCUUCCUCGCUUCUGUAACCUGUCACUCUCUCUCUUCUUCCUCGCUUCUGUAACCUGUCACUCUCUCUCUCUCUCUUCCUCUCUUCUGUAACCUGUCACUCUCUCUUCCUCGCUUCUGUAACCUGUCACUCUCUCUCUUCUUCCUCGCUUCUGUAACCUGUCACUCUCUCUUCUCUACCUCCCUUCUGUGACCUCUCUUUCUUUUCUUCCACUCUUUCACAACCUGUCACUCUCUCUUCCUCUCUUCUGUAACCUGUCACUCUCUCUCUCUGUGGCACCAUUAGAAGGUGAUGAUGUGUACUAUCUGGUAUUGAGGCCUUUUAUUAUUAGAUUUGUAUUGUCAGUUUGUGUGAUGUCCGUACGUUUGUUUGACAUUUGAUGCCUGAUGAGAUGGAGUAACAUGAUGAGAUGGAGUCUUCUUCUUAUAAUUAUUAUUAUUAUUGAUUUGGCAUUAUUAUGGAGAAGAAAGAAAGAAAAACAGAAAAACAUGUGUUGUUUAAUGUUGUACAGAACAUUAUAGCACUAGAGAUGUUGUGUUUUUAAAAAGAGAGCAGAAACCCUAGUCCCGCCCACUCCUCCCUCCCAUUGGCAGAUAGAUCAAAUGCCCUGCCAACGAAAGGAGAAGUGACCUAAAGGUAACUGACUUGCCCUCAAACUGACAAACAUGUUCGAUCCAAGGAAUCGAAUCUACAUCGUAUUCUCAAAUUACCCACAGAAUAUGUCAUAUUUUUAUUUAAAUGCUUUAACCAGUCAUUCAAGAACAAAUUCUUCUUUACAAUGACGGCCUACCCCAGUGAUGCUGGGCCAAUUGUGCGUCGCCCUAUGGUACUCCCAAUCACGGCCAGUUGUAAUACAGUCUGGAUCGAACCAAGGUCUGUAGUGACGCCUCUAGCACUGAGAUGCAGUGUCUUAGACCACUGCGCCAAUUUGGAGCACUAUAUAUAAUGUGAUAAUAUGAAUGUCCCAGACAGGCAACAGGCAAUCUUAAAUAUUUCCUCAAUUGCUUUUUGCACUGAAAAAUCUCCCUGAAACAUGCUUGAAAUCUUUUAAUUGGUGCCUAGCUACACUCACCGGACAGUUUAUUAGGUACACCUAUCUAGCACCAGUUCGGACCCCCCUUUUCCUCCAGAACAGACUAAAUUCUUGGGUCAUUCUACAAGGUGUCGGAAACGUUCCACAGGAGAUUGGUCAAUGCUGACACGAUGGCAUCACGCAGUUGCUGCAGAUUUGACAGCGGUACAGCCUGUUCCUUCUCAUCCCAAAUAUGUUCUGUUGGGUUGAGGUCUGGGGACUGCGCAUGCCACUCAAAUUCAACUCACUGUCAUGUUCCAGGCAAUCUUUUUCCACUCCUCAAUUGUCCAGAGUUGGUGAUCGCGUGAUCACUGGAGCCGCUUCUUCUUGUUUUUAGCUGAUAGGAGUGGAACCCUGGGUGGUCGUCUGCUGCAGUAGCCCAUCCCGUGACAAGAAUCAACGAGUUGUGCAUUCCGAGAUGUCGUUCUGCACACCACUGUUGUACUGCGCCGUUAUUUGUCUGUUUUUGGCCCACCUGUUAGUUUGCACAAUUCUUGCCGUUCGCCUUCGACCUUUCUCAUCAACGAGCUGUUUUCGCCCACAGAACUGCCGCUGACUGGAUGUUUUUUGUUUGUAGCACCAUUCUCAGUAAACCCUCGACACUGUCAUGCCUGAAAAGCCCAGGACGGCAGCCGUUUCUGAGAUACUGGAUCUGGCACGACGAUCAUACCACACUCAAAGUUGCUUAGGUCACUCGUUUUGCCCAUUCUAACAUUCAAUCAAACAGUAACUGAAUGCCUUGGUGCCUGUCUGCCUGCUUUAUAUAGCAAGUCAUUGCCACAUGAUUCACUGUCUAGGAGCAAUCCAUUUUCGUGAAUGGGGUGGUGUACCUAAUAAACUGUCCGGUUAGUGUAUAUUGUUGACCCUUAAUUUCUUAGUUGGUUUUUCAAAGAAACAAACUACAGGGGGGGUGUGAGGGCAUCCUAUAGUGAUAGGUUGUGUCCCAAAUGGCACCGUAUUCCCUAUUAAAUGCCCUGCUUUUGACCAGGGCCAUAGGGCUCUGGUCCAAAGCAGUACACUAUAGUGUGCCAUUUGGUCCAAUACCACUGUCUGUUGGAGAGGUGGAGGGAAGUGCUGGGUUUGGGCUCUUGUGUAGAUGACUGCCAUUGCAGUGAGGGAAAAAUGUACCUAACAUAGUAGUAACUAAUAAUAUGAGUUUGUGGACAGAUUAAAAAAAAAAACAUUAGAGAUGAAUAAACGCAAAGAAAAACAA